AUCAAUUUUCAACCAGGUCAUGUGUAUGACAUGAUUGCAGUUGAUGUUUUUUCCAUCUUACCAUCAAUACAGCUCCUCGGCUGCUCCUGCGCAUCCUCCUGACACGCACAUCCAAAUUACACAGGUGGGUGGUACGUUAGAUCGUGAUCGUCUCUUCAGCAAAUAAUAUUCUCGAUUGUCACUAUCCUAAUCAUUGUCUUUGAACAAUAAGUAUAUUAAGUCUCGUGUCCUCGUACGUGUUGUUCUUGCUAGUGUCUGUAUGUUGAAAUUUGUUGUUAUCAUCGUAUGCUAUAAGUAAGUAAAAGUAGAAAUUUGUUCUAAGUAGUAUUUUUGUUCAUUUGCAACUCUCUCUCUACUCAACAAACAUCCAAAAUGUCAGCAGCAAAACGCUUACGCACAUCAGGCGAAGACAUCACUACCACUGGUGAGGAGAAGGCUACAAGAACCAUGGAGCAGGAUACGAGAUUACCAGUGACAGUCCUGUCCGGUUUCUUAGGGGCAGGCAAGACAACCGUGCUGAAGCAUGUCCUGGAAAAUCAAGUGGGGCUUAAAGUCGCACUGAUUGUCAAUGACAUGGCUGCGCUGAACGUCGACGCCCUCGCGGUCGCAACGGUGAAGAGCAACGGUGGGAAGAUGGUUUCUUUGCAAAAUGGGUGUAUCUGUUGCACAUUGCGUCAAGACUUAGUCCAGCAGGUGGCUGAGUUGGUUCAGAAGAACAAGUUUGACUACCUAUUGAUCGAGUCCACCGGAAUCUCUGAACCUAUGCCAGUGGCGCAGACUUUUUGCCACUCAAUUGAGGACUUGCAGGAAUUGGCCAAGGCACCAGAACCCGCGGAGGAAAAGUAACAACUUGUACUUUAAUGUCAUUUGUAGACAGCUUGAACUUCCUCCUUGAUGUAGGUUCUGUCGUGCCUUUGAUAAUAUUAGCUUCUGUGCUGGCAGGCUUCAAAUAUGAUACUUAUAACCUCCAGGACCAAGAAGGACCCCGCCAACCUUGCCGAAGGGGGCGUUCAAAAACGCAAGAGCAGCGACGAGAACCGUGCCCUCACUUCCGAAGACCACGAGCCGCCCACGAUCGAUCCGAAAGCUCGCAAAUUAGCUGCUCAGGCUGUGGAGCUGCGAAAGUUGGCUAGGUUGGACACCAUGGUCACGGUGGUGGACGCUGCACAUAUCUGGGAGGUUUUGACGUCAAUUGAGGCAGUAGGGGAUUCUAAAUUGACGAAGUCAGAAGCUGAAGCAGCCGAGGAAGGGGCAGUGGAUAAGACGAAGUACUAUUCUGGUUCUGUUGUGUGCAGUUCGAUCGUCUUCUUCUUCAUGGUUUCAUCGGGCUUAAGUGUUUUUCGUGCCGUUAAAUUUUUCUCUUUCAUUAUACUAAGCGUUUGUGGUCGGAAGAAUUUUCCUUUUCAUCUGGCAAUUGUUCACACCACCAGCACCAAUGAAUUAUACAUCGUCUAUUUACUUCUCUUUCAACAUGAUCUAUAAACAACAACAACACACGUCCAAACACCUCAUCAGCUCCGUAGUCCAGCUGUUGAUAGACCAGAUCGAGUUCGCAGACGUGAUCCUGCUGAACAAAAAGGACUUGAUUCCGGAGAAGAAGAGUCAAGACUUCUUAGAGGCUUUGAUCAAGCGUUUGAAUCCCGUCGCGAAGGUCCAGUGGACAACCAGAGGCGUCGUCGACCCAACCCACAUCCUUGGAUCGGGAUUGUUCGACAUCGCAAAGGCCUCAACAAGUGCUGGCUGGCAUCAGGAUCUGGCGGCUGAGCAAGAGAAAAGAAAGACGGCUGGAGGCUUGAAGGUGAACAAGAAUUCAACAUCAAAGUCUAAGAAUCCACUAAACCGUACUGGAGAUUAUGGCAUCGCGUCAGUCGUAUUCCGUUCUUCGCGACCUUUUCAUCCUCAGCGACUGUACAACUUGUUGGACGGUUUUGGCAGUUUAAAGAACGUGUUGUUGGAGGAUGUAGUCAAAGUAGCAGAUGAGAAGAAGAAACAGAAGGAAAAGGAAGAGCAAGACGAGGCUAAGAAAGCAGAGGAAGAGAAGAAGACUUCUGAAGUAGAAGAGAGUAAGGACCACAAGUCCCUCAAGGACAAUCUAGCUUCAUCUGCAAGCAAGAAAACAUGUAAGAAAGGCUGCUGCCCAUCUUCAUCUUCCAAGAAGAAAGAAGAUUCUACUGCCCAAGACGAACAAGACGAAUGCACCAAGAAGGAUCUUUUCAAGGGUGUUUUCCGAUCCAAAGGUCUUAUCUGGUUGGCCAACUGUUCCGCUUACAAAGUCGACUGGCAUUCAGUAGGACGUCAAUUCUCGAUGAAGCCCGGCGAAGCUUUUGAUGCUGCGGUGAGGGAAGCUGGGUAUGACAUCCAUGAAAUUUCGGCAGGAGCACAGGAUCAGAAAGGCCACAGCCAUAGUGAUGAUCAUGGACAUGGACAACACGGGACCCAUGACAACGAGAAAAAGGUCCUUGAGGAAACUUCUACUGACAAAACAAGCAGCGAAGCAGGCGCAUCAAAUCCCUACGGCGCGCUCACCUUCAACGAUUCGAUCUGGGGUGAUCGUGGGAGUGAACUAGUCCUGAUCGGAUGCAAUCUGCAUGAAUCGAGGAUGCUCAAAGCCUUAGAAAACGCCUUGAUCACAGAGGAAGAAUUCAAGAAAGCUAGCGAGGAGAAGCUGAAAUUUGAUUCUUUCAUUGCUGGAGUCAAGGCAAUUGGUGGCGACGAAGCUUUGGAUAAGUUGACGGAGAAGUUACGGCAGAGACACUUCUGUAUCAGUAUCAAUUUCAUCCUUGUGUUAUUUCUCUGCAGCAAAUCCCAUGAGUUGAAUACAUCUUCUUCACGUAGAUCUCAUUAGCAUUACAUACAUCUUCACGUCGUAGAUCAUCUCAUUAGCAUUUUUACAGCCGUCUUCCUCUAACGAGAAAAGUAAAGGAAGGAACUGGUGGCCUCAUCACAGCCUUUGAUCGGUUUUUCAAUCUUGAGGAUCCCUUUUUUGGAGGCGAAGCCGCAGAACGCUUUAUGGAAUACGUUGAGGAGGAAGACGAUGAUUCCUCAACUGGUGGCGAAGGCGAGCAAGAUGAGGAUGGAGAUUCGACAGGCCAAGAAGAGGAGGGUGACGAAGAAGAAGAGUCUGAUGAUGAAGAGAUGGAAGCUGAAGGUGAAGCCUAAAAAGACUUGUGGAAGAUCAUGAAGGGAAGAAGCGUCAUGGCGGUACUAGAAGACCCUGAUGCCUGACGAGUGUCCUCGUGGCAAGCAGGAACGACAGAUGGGGAAAAUCGAUGGAAAUUAACCAGGGAGGGGUAGCUCUAAAAAUGCGGGUGUAAGAGGAUGGAAAACGGGGCGUUGAUGUAAGGGCGGAAUCACUGAGAGGAAAAUCAAGAUCAGUGAAUGACACUUGAUGUUGAUGUAAACAAGAACAACGUGUACAAAAGCACACCCGCGUUGUUUAGACUCACCGCGCAAGCGCACAUAAUCUUUUGGAAGAACAAGAGCAGCG